AUGCUCGCUGGCGUACGUGCUCGAUCAUGUGCGUGGCGAGCAUUUCGGACGGGGUGCCUUGCGCCAAGCUCAUUGAGACAUUGGCCAGCCUGCCAAAGGCGAAGUAUAGCCACAGAGUGCAUCCGCAACAUUGGGAUCAUUGCGCAUAUUGAUGCAGGCAAGACGACGUUGACAGAACGAAUCUUGCAUUUGACCCGUGCACAGACACUCAGUGGACUUGAGCCACCUAAGCCACAGGCUUCUUACACGGCUCCUGGCGAUGUCGAUACCGGAAGCACAGUGACGGAUUUUCUUGAGGAAGAGCGUGAGCGAGGAAUCACAAUCCAGAGUGCGGCUGUGGGUCCUGUUUGGUGGACGAAUGCUAGACAUGAUACACAGUUGCCGGUACAACGGCAUGGCAAUAGCAUGGCAACUUCAUCUGUCGCUAUCACCCUUGUCGACACGCCAGGACACGUGGACUUUGGAAUCGAAGUUGAGCGCACAGUUCGAGUAGUGGACGGAGCCGUCGUUGUGCUGGAUGGGGUCGAGGGUGUUGAGCCCCAAAGUGAAAAUGUAUGGCGACAGACAAAGCGUUAUGGUGUUCAUGCACAUCUGUUUUUCGUCAACAAGCUCGAUCGAGAGGGCAGCAGCGUUGGACGAUCCAUUCGCUCCAUUAUCGACAAAGGACUGCACGCACGGCCAGUGCUCAUACAGUUGCCAGCAUAUGCUUCGGAUGUGGGUGACGAUCGUGGAGACAUAUCGCGCGCAAAAUCAGAGAACCCACUCGUUGGUGUGAUUGACUUGCUUAGCAUGGAACUGCUGCGCUUCGAAGGCGUGGCUGGCGAGCAGAUUGUACGAAUUCCACUCGAUGCUGCCAAACAUGCGCCUGUUUUUGCCGAAGCAAUUAGCGCACGCUCUGCGCUUGUAGAACUCAUUUCGUCUCUGGAUGUCCAGCUGCUCGAUCGCAUUCUCGAGCUGGACGACACAGAAACAGCUAUUGAGCGGCUCCCCGUCUCAGAAAUAAUCCAUGCCCUGCGUCGUCUAACACUUCAAGGCGAGGUGUGCCCGGUCCUUUGUGGUUCAGCAGCGGCCAACAUCGGUGUACAGCCUUUGCUGGAUGCGGUACACAUGUACCUGCCAAGUCCUUCGGAUCGCCCGCCAGUGGAUGGGAUCAUUGCUCCCGGUACACCUCAUGCUCAACCUGUACAUGUGGAUUUGAAUGACCGUAGCACCACAGCUUUGGCUUUCAAAGUCGUGUGGGAUAAGCGCAAGGGGCCCAUUACGUUUGUGCGUGUGUACUCGGGCACACUACAAAGCUCCAUGACGCUUCUCAACACGACCGCCCACAGGAAGGAGCGAAUCUCGCGCCUGCUUCUUCCGUACGCUGAUCAAUACGUGGAUGUUCCAUCGCUACAAGCUGGUAUGAUUGGUGUUGUACUUGGUCUCAAAGACACUCGCACAGGCGAUACGCUCGUGGAUGCGCGUCAUGGCGCGGGUGCAUCUAAAGGCGCUUGGAAUACGCUUCGUCUUCGACGUGUGCACGUUCCUCCGCCCGUUUUCAGUGUGAGUGUGGAAGCGCGCACCAAGGCCGAAGAAGGGGUUGUGGCUGAUGCGCUGCGCAUGCUUGCACGCACGGAUCCAAGUCUACACGUUAGUGAGGGCGGCUCAGGUGCAUCUUCUGCACAAACAGUGCUCAGUGGGAUGGGCGAGCUUCAUCUCGAUAUUGCCAAGCAUCGACUUGAGAACGAGUUCAAUGUAUACCCGCACCUCGGUCAUGUUCGUGUUGGCUACCGGGAGACAAUCGCGCAAGACUCCCAUGCUGAAGCUACACAUCUCUUCGACCAAGACAUGAAUGGACGCCGCGUCUCAGUCGGUCUCCGCAUUCGAGUGCGGACCGACGGUUGCUGA